AUGACUUCCGAAAAAUCGAAUCAAAGUCAAGAAAACAAGGCAACAGGCAACGUUCUUGCUCAACAAUUGCAUCCUUUUCUCCCGGCCCCCAGCAGUGCUGUGCAGAGGUGGACCGGAGAAGCAGCAGGAUCUAGAGACAUUGUCAAAGAGGCGCACGAUGAAGCCAUUGCAAACCUCAAAGACAAAUUUCGGGGAAAAGACGAGGUUCUCACCUGGCUUGACAAGUCGAACACCAUAGAAGAGGUCCGCGACGAGAUCCAACAGCUCGAACAGAAGUACAAGGAUGAAGUCAAGUUCGAGAAGGCUAGGAACGGGUUGCGCAAGUUCUCCUCGGUUGUUCUUCACUACGGGACCGCGCUGGAUAUGAUUACCCAGCAGACACCUCAGUAUGUGAGCCUGGUCUGGGGCAGUAUCAAAUUCUUCCUGACGGCUGUGAUGAACCAUGCCAAGCACGUGGCUGAAUACACCGACGCUCUGGUACACAUCGGGAACCUGCUGCCUCGAGCGCAGCUCAACGCGGAGCUGUACCAAAACAACUACGUUAAAGAGGCUGUGGCAAGGCUGUAUGAGCAGAUCCUGGUAUUCUUCAGGCCCGCUAUCAAGUGGUACUCCUCGUCUCUCCAGCGGGCGAUGACAGCUAUUGUGUCCCCGUUUGAGUCCGGGCUCAAGGAUACUGUUGCCAAGAUUCAAACCUGCGCCACGAUCAUGGACGCGGCUGCUCGUUCGUCAAUGCAGAUCGAGCUAAGGAAGACUUACGACAUCGUCUCCUGCCAGCUUCCGAACCUGCACUCGUGGCAGGGUGAUAUGUCUGCAGGAGUUUCAGAGAUCCGCCAGGAUCAAAAAGGUUCACGUUCCCCCUCCUUUCUUCGCGAUACUGGCGCGGUCACGGAGCGGCGUGCUGGCGACAUCCAAGCUCGCGUGCGCGGGAUCGAGUUCAGGACGGAGCUCGAAGCACUCAAGCCUCGCGUCCUGCCCUCCAAGGCUCUGAUAGGGCAGCGGAGCGUCAGCAGAGCGACACGACCAUGGACCAUGCAAGCCCAAGACAUUGUCACUUUGAUCAAGAGUAUUAGCGACUGGAUGGAGUCGCCAGACUCAACCCUCUUGGUUGUUGAUGCUAUGCGAGCCAAGGAGAUCGCAUCGGAACUGAUUGGUGGUGUUCUCCAGCCCAAAGUUAAAUGGAUCUGCUGGUAUCUCCCCGACAGAGAUGAGCCUUUUACCGUAGCAGGUGUGCUGAGCAGUCUAGUAUGGCAGCUGUACGAGCUCGAUCCUGCCAAAGUAGCCGGCUGUCUGAAUGGCAACCUCAACCGCACCGAUGAGGAUCAAAUGACGGAGAUCCUACGACUGAUCCUCGUACAGCUGAGUAGCUGCUACGUCGUCAUUGACGCAGGAGACGCGGGUCAGUCUGUGGACAACACAAGCCAGCUGGAGAGGCUCAACGACAGACUGCAGGAUAUCAUCGACCGCACUUCGGUGGAGAACUGCCUUGUUAAGGCACUUCUCUUUGGAUCUGGUAUCUCAUUACAGCCCGCAAAGCCUUCGGUGGCAUCGACGAAAUCCUCGAGGAAAAUCAUCUCGCUUCGGCCUCCGGCUCCCAUUCCAGUUUCUCGUCAACGGCCAGGUGCGAGACACUUCUUCCAGGAUCCUGGAUGGCUUAGCUUGCAGAGAAGAGUAGCGAAGGAGCCAUGA